ACAGACACACUUAUACACGCACGCACGCGCGCGCACAGACGCACACACACGCGCGCAUUCCACCAGUGACUCUCUGUUGUGUUCGCCUUGCUUCCAGAAACGGACGUGCUUUUGGAUUUAGCCGCCGGUGCUCCGUUCAGCGAUGGUGUGAAGACCUGACACAGUAAAGAUUACUGGAGUUAAUGUGAGACCAGUAAUACAGAGAUGUCAAUCCCUUCCAGUUAGCGACAACUCUACAAUGAUGGGGAUAUAAAGGAGAGUCUGCAGCUCUCCUCUCAGGGAUAGUCUUCUGCAGCUAUCUCUGGUCACAGGCCUGCCUGGCAUCACUCAUCCAUACCAUUCCUCUUUCCAUCCACCCAUCCUUCCCCGUCAUGAAAGGCCUGUCCAGUAGUCGGAGUCACCAUCACGUGGUCUCCUAUGAACCAUCAUAUGAUCUACUGGGUCACCAUGUGGACCGCAAGCCAUAUUUAAUCAGUCAGAAUGACAUGCCCGUGCCCAUUCCCAUGCCGCAUCCAGCUGAGCUGUCCUACUACAAUUCUCAGCGUACCCCGUACCCCUCCGACAGCAACAGCAUCGUCCCAUACGGAACCUUCCCAAGGAGGUGCCACUCCACCUCCUCAUCUCACCAUCCUGAGGUAAAGGAUGAGUGUAUGGCCAUGGUACCAUAUGUAGGAGGAGGAAGGGGAGGAGGAGGAGGUGGAGGAGGCUAUGGAGGUAAAACUCCAACCCGGGUACCAGCAAACUUUGCGGACCCGUUUGAGCGUCAGCCGUCAUUUCCCAGAGAUGGCUACCAUACACUACAGUACAAACGAGGAGUGCUGGCCCACAGUGGGGGGAUGGGGGCCAACAACAACAACAAUGACAGCCCAGGGAGAAUUCGGCACCUGGUCCACUCAGUCCAGAAACUCUUCACCAAGUCACAUUCACUGGAGGGGCCGCAUCACACACAGCCUUCAAAGGGGGCCAAUAAUGGGAGCGUUAAUGGUGGUGGUGGUGGCGGAGGAGGUGGUGGUGGUGGUUCACGGGCCAGCCCAGAGGGUGAAACUCCACCAGUGGGAGUGCGCCAACGGAAGCGCAGCAAGAGCCGUGAGCGCUGUCGAUCAGCGGAGCCCAAGCAUCGAAGCCACCACCACCACCAGCUCCACGGCUCAGCGUCUGCUCCAGGCUCCGGAUAUUGGAGCUCAGAUGACAACCUGGAACGGGAGCUGUGUCUCUACCACCCUCACCACCACCAACCUCCACCCUCACCUUCACCCUCCAUUUCCCCCUCGCCCAUCGCCAUGACAAUGGGCCGGUAUCCUGGCAACACCCACGACAAGUUUCCCCAGACUCCCCUCCCUAGUCUCUCCUCCUCGCAGUCCCAGCAGUACUUCAUGAUGGACCCUUACAGCACACUCAACGAGCACACACACACCCACGCACACCAUGGCCACACACACCACCAUUCUGCACUCAAAGCCUCCCGGAGCAACAACGAUGUGAAGUAUGCAGCGUCGUCGGCAUGUGUGCCAGUUAGUGGUAGCAGCAAUAACAGCGGUGGCGGUCUCGUUGGAGGAAGUGGCCCCUUGCUGCCACUGGGUCUUGUGGACGGGCCCCUUGUGAAGAAAGGGGCAUGGUCAUCAAGCCUAACGGUGAGCAGGGCCCGAGAGGUCUACACCAACAACAGCAGCCACAACCACCUACGAGCCAGCGCAGGAUCCGGUAACCUAAACCUAGAUAGAGCUCUAUUCAAAUCUAAGGGCAGUCAGCAGCAGGAGCGCUCUUGCCAUUUCUUACAGGUACCCCAGGAUGAGUGGAGCGGCUUCUCUCCACUGGGGAAGGAGGACGACAUCCCCUGUCGGAGGAUGAGGAGCGGCAGCUAUGUCAAAGCCAUGGCUGAAGACGACAGCGGAGACUCAGAUGGGAGUCCCAAACCCUCCCCCAAAGUCCAGGCACGCCGAGCCAGCUACCUGAAAGCCACACAGCCGUCACUGACUGAGAUGACCACUCUACAGAUUUCGACGGAGCACUCCCCUAAACUGCAGAUCAGGAGCCACAGUUACCUGCGUGCGGUGAGUGAGGUUUCAAUCAAUAGAAGUGUGGAUACCCUGGACCCCAAAACCCUCCUCGACCCCAAAUCGCUGCUGUCCUCACCCCAAUACCGCUCACGCAAUGAAAGCUACAUGAGGGCCAUGAGCACCAUCAGUCAGCUGAGCGAGGUGGAGUUGAACGGGCAGAUUGAGCAGGUGUGUGAGCAGGUGUACAGUGCACUGCAGGCCCAGGCCAUGGAGGCUGCCAUGGACAGCAUGGAGACCAUGGACACCCUGCCUAUGCCGGGGUGCUUCCGGAUGCGGAGCCACAGCUAUGUACGAGCCAUUGAUCAGGGCUGUUCAGGGGAGGAGGAGGGAGAAGGAGGGAGACCGCUGCUCAUCCUGCCUUCCUCCCCACCGCGGACAUCUGCCACCACUGUCAGGACCAUCCAGAGCAGCACAGUUUCAUCUUGCAUCACCACCUAUAAGAAAACCCCUCCACCAGUGCCGCCCCGGACUUCAACCUGCUCCACAGCCUCCAAGCCCUACAUCUCCAUCACAGCCCAGAGCAGCACCGAGUCUGCACAGGAUGCAUACAUGGAAGAAGAGGGACCCAGAGGUGACAUGACCAUCCAAUCAGGGCUCAGUAACUCAACAGAAAGCAUUGACAGCAUGAAGGCCCUGACAGCUGCAAUAGAAGCUGCAAAUGCGCAGGUUCAUGGACCAGCCAGUCAGCAUGUCAGUAACAGCACCAUGACAGUCAGCACCCCCACCCCCUCAAUCCUGAGCAGGGGGCCGGUUGUUGAAAACCACCGGGAUGUAUACAGGAAAGAAGCACUCAGGAAGGGCAAAUGUCUUUCCAUAGGCAUCCAGGUGGAUGGACCAGAAGAGGUUCCAGAUCCGGAGGACCCAUCCAAGUUCACCUCAGUAGGGGUGCAAGUAGAGGAUGACAGAGGGUAUCGUCGGUUCCAGCGCUCCAACAGUGUGACAGCAGCUGUACAGGCAGAUUUGGACAUGCCAGACCUGCUGGAUACCCCUUUAGACUCCCCGGACACUGACAUGGAAGUCCUGUCAUCUGGUGCCAUCUCUCGACAAUACUCCCGCGAUGCUGCCACCUCUACGGUCAGCAUCCAAGGCUCAGGGAACCACUACCACGCCUGUGCCUCCGAUGACUUUGACGAUGUGGGCUUUGACCCGUCCAUCCUCCCCCCUCCAGACCCCUGGAUAGACAGUGUAACAGAUGACUCACUUGAUGUCAACUUCAACAGCUCUGCUAUUCUGGAGGCGGUGCAGCGGUCGGUGUGUCACAGAGAUGGACGCUGGUUCCUGAAGCUGCUGCAGGCCGAGACGGACCGCAUGGAGGGCUGGUGUCAACAGAUGGAGCUCGACCAACGGGACAAUGACCUGCCUGAAGAUAUCCUCGGCAAGAUAAGGAGUGCUAUAGGAAGCGCUCAGCUUCUGAUGUCCCAGAAGUUUCAACAGUUCAGGGAGCUGUGUGAGGAGAAUCUGAACCCCAACGCCCACCCUCGUCCUGUGGCCUCAGACCUGGCAGGUUUUUGGGAUAUGCUUCAGCUGUCCAUUGAGAACAUAAGCCUCAAGUUUGAUGAGCUUCACCAGCUCAGAGCCAACAACUGGAGACCCCUGGAUCCCCCUGAGAGAAAGUGAAGGCGCUUGCAAACAGCCACGCAUCAAUCAGCAUAACUGCAAUGCCAACAACACCACAGGGCCUUGACACCUCUGGGCCUCCGUAGAUCCAUCAUAUCUGUCUUUCCAUCCAUCUAUCCAUGCUUCCUUCUGCUCCUCCUUCCUUCCCUCUGCCGCCUGCAACCGCCUGCGUGGCUUUUUGUUGUUUGUGUUAUAGCUGCCAGUGUGAAGAUAGAUGGAGCGCGGCGAGUGUGGCUAAUAUUUCUUCUCCACAAAUACACCUUACAGCACACUGUUAGAUACAGUUCUAAAGACACGCAUAAACUCCAGCCCUAAGACACUAAAAACAAAAAAGGGAAUUAGGAGGCAAAUAAAAACAAAUAAAACACCAGUAAAAAGAGAAAUAUGCUAACAAGAAACAAAUGAAACAUUAAAUAUGACAAGAGAUUUCAACCAAGAUUGAUCGCAACUAGAUAGGAAAAGUCUAACUUAUUAACCCAAUUUAGCAUAUUCAUAUGUUUGGGAAGUCUUUAUCUUUCCCUAUUGGGAAGAUGAAAAUGGCUACUGCCUUUUGUUAGGAUGCAGUCCAGCCCAGUCCUGCUAAUGUGUGCUGUUCUGGAUUAUGGAAAGUCAGCAUUAGUCUUCAGUCCAUUUUAAAGUGAGCUCAGACGCAUGUGGACAAAAGCUCAGCUCAGUGCAGAAUAUGAUUUCAAAACCAGCAAUAAAUAAGGCAAUACAAUAAAUACAGAAUUUUGACAGGGUGCAAAGGUAGGGAAGCUGAAUCAGAGCAACUACUGUAAUCCAGUCGCUUGUCUCUCAAGAAGAACUUGGCUUAGUACAAUGUUGUCUUAACUGGUAGAAAUGAUGGACAAAACUAAAAAAAAAAGAAUACUGAAUAUAGUAAUCUAUAGUAAAUUUAUUGAGCUCUUUUCAAAAAACACGUUACAAAGUGCUUCACAAAACAGCAAGUAUAAAACAUAAUGUAACUGAAUUGUCCUUAAGGGCAUUUGUGGUGUCUGUAGAAAGAGAGGGCAUUAUGUCGUCUCCAUAGUGAAACUGGUGCCAUGAUUUAUGAUGAAAAAAAAAAAAUGGCACAGAAACAGACCUUGCCAGAGGAUACUCUUGCAAGCACUUAAUUAUAUACUUAUAUAUUAUAAUGUUACAAUACUGUACUACCUAUUUUGCAUGCCUAUGAAAGCCUCAGACUAUGUAUGGUUGUCACAUACAGUACACACAUUUGACAAUAAUGCACAGUAGGUAUGAUCUUAGCCGUCCCCAAGCAGAUUUGCUGUUUAGUCAAGUUUGUUGUACAGUAAAGAAAAAAGGUUUUUUAAUAGAGAAAUGGAACAAAUGUGUGAAUCAACACAUGUAGGGAAUAAGUAUAGAGCUGCAGUAUUACAGAAAUGGCGUGUAAUGCACUAAAAAAUGUGAAAGAUGAUGAAAAAAGAAUUAGACACAAUGUAUUUUUUCUGACCUCUUAUGUACUUACACUUUUACACGUAUGUAAAGUGCAAAGACAUAGGUUCAUUAAACCAAAAUCCCCUAAACAAGCAUUACAGAUAGCACUUACAAUGGGCAAAAAAAAGGCACACUCACACACAAAUACAUGUGUCUUUUUCCUGAAAUGUUCUCCCCUCCUCCCUUACCGUCCUCUCCCACCAGGAGAGGCGGCUCCCACCUCCAGUGCCAAAAAAGCCUCCCAAGGGCCCCCACCACCACCCCCCUCUUGCCAGAGACCGCUCCCUGGAGAGCUCAGAGAAACAGCGGCAGGAGGCCAGGAAGCGCCUGUUGGCCGCCAAGAGAGCUGCAUCCGUACGUCAGAACUCAGCUACGGAGAGCGCUGACAGCAUCGAGAUUUACAUCCCCGAGGCUCAGACAAGGCUAUGAAGACACUACCAGGGACACAUACACAGGGUUGACAUGCAGUACACACAUACCACACACAACACAAACACAAAAAUGAAUGGUUGUCCACACCAAGGUACAGGGGUGUAACCUAAUAUGAAUACUUUAUUUAGAUUUCCCCAGAUCAUGCGCUGUGAACAGAUAUGGAAAACAAUUUCCUACAUCAUACACAACUUGCUACAGUUAGCACAAUUCAAUCUUUACCGUGGUGUUUUUAAUUCUGAUAUAAAAAAAAGGCACUCCUCAUAUUUUAUUUUAUGUUUCUUUGUCAAUAGUUUUCUAAUUUUUCAUCAUAGACCAUAGAUUAUUAAACCAACUUUAAAAUUCAUCUGAGCCUAACUGCCAUUUUAAAAACACCGUCCAUUUAAAAAAAAAAUCAGGCAAAAUGGCCUAAUGCAAUUCUGACUUGUUUUUUUACCACAAAACUCAACAUCAACCCUUUCCAAGACACGGACAUUGGCUUUGCGUUACACCCCUACCAACCUAUGUGCAUUUGACUUUCAAGACCCUAGACACAGUACCCUUCAGCAGGGAGCAUCAGUUGGCCGUGGCCGAGAGCUGUCCAAGAGCUGUCCAAACCUCUAACGCACCUUUUACAGGGUAGACCCAUUAUUAAGACACAUGCAGAUAUUCAAAUACAUGUUUCUAACUUCUAAUAUUGAGGCCAACUGUCACUCUUUAUAAAGCUGCAACUGCAGCUAUGUUACAGUGGUUCUCCAUGGUCUGUGUAAUCCACCCUAAAUUUGAGAUAAAUUAAAAUACAAUUUUUUAAAAAAAUGUCUAAUAACUGGGAGGACUCAUUGUCCAUCUGCUGAGAAAGAUCCUAAAAGGAUCUCGUCACAGUGUCAAGUGCAAAGACUCCGCAAAUUAUCAGUCAUUGUAUUAAACCCAUUUUUUUCCAUUAGUACAAUUCAUUCAUAGUGUUGUUUGAGAGAUGACAGGGAGGCAGUGGUGUGCAGCCAGGAGGAGGCUAUGGUGUCAGGCUUUCAACACGUCCCAGUACCUAAACGACAGAAUACGUUUAUGCCAAUGACUCAUAGAACAACAUAUAUGACCGUUUUAUUUAAUGCUGUGAAACAUCUGCAUGGUCCAAAGCACGUGACCAAAACAUGAGUGACCAUUCUAUAUAAUGUAAGGAUUGCAGUUUUAAACACAUAGUUAAUGGUUUUAAAUGGAACACUGAAGUUAAGGUUAGUAAAAGAUCAGGGAUUAGGCCUUAAAAGAGUCACGUAUGUAAAAUGAGGACGUAGGACAUCUGACUAUUGGUUUCACAUGAGACACAAACCCCGGUCUACUGAGUGAAAGACCUUUCUUUGUUUGACCUGUCCACCACCCCAACCUUUCUCCUAAAACAGAGGUUGUCCCUCUUCUACCUCACCAAUUAUUACUGUUACUAAAGAUCACUGCAAAACAAUAAAUGUCAAUAUAGGUUGUUGUAAGCAGCUUGCACAGUCAACCUAUAUAGUCGUUUUCUGGGUGAGGACGCUCUGCAGGCAUUUCACCUCGCCUUCCAUUCUGUCCUGUCGUGGAAGACAGGACAGAAUGACAUGUCUUACAAUGUCUUACAAGUCGUUUUGAUUUGGGUAACAUGCUUAUUUCACAGAUAAGAAGAUAAGAAGAACAUUUUAUUUUUAAUUAUGGGUGUUUUACAGGCUUUUUCACUGUGAAAUAAAGCCACACUUUAGAGUGCGUCUUACUAUGCUCCAAGAGCAAGCAAGAGCUUGGAAGUACGAUGGCCUCUAUGGAAACCAAAACUUUGUUAGUUACUUGUGUUGAAUUUGGAACCGAUGAUCAACGGAUUCUAAACCAAAUUUUCCAAAAGUGGGAACUGGCUCUCAAUGCCCAGUCCUACUUACAAGCUAGUUCUUUUGAAGGAUAUUAAUCUCUUUGAGACAGAAAUCAAGUUUACUAACUAACUAACUAACUAACUAACUGACUAAUAGAGGAAAAGAGUCAGAUAUUCAGUACAACCAGCGUGGUGGCAGAGUGAUUUCAGUCUUACAGGUUUGGUCAGAUCCUCCAGGACUUGAGAUAGAUGUUGGUAGAUGUUGAAGGUUUUGUCUCUGGGUCUUGUAAUAUUGCAUAUGACAUUAAUAUGUACAGAGGUGGUGGACAAUGUUACACACGCACAUAGUAAACACACAAUCAUUGACUGUCAUGUGGACUCCAUACUCACACAGUCUGAACACAUCAGCACUCACAGGUAAUACUUUCAGGUCUUGUGGCUGUAUGAACACUGCAGGCUGUUGUAAUAUAGACACAGUGUCUCUCUCUCUUCCCUCUGGAGAAGAGCCCGCCAUGAUCACUGUUGAUCUUUCAUCUGCCUCUCCGUCUCCACACUACAUCAGUUCUGUAUUGAAGUUGGGAACUUCAUGUAAUGAUCAUCUGGUAUUUCCUUUCUCCACGGUGAACUAUUCACUAUGUUAGAAAUGGGGACUACUAUUAAAAAAGAAAAUUCAGCUUUUUUACAAACUUAGAUCUAUUGUCAUUGUUUUUGACACACAUUCUUUUUGGUUGGGAUUAUUUUGUACUUGCCAGUUGGGUCACAUGAAUUACACAGGGCACUGCAAGUAAGGCAGUUUUAAAUCAAGUUUUCUAAAACUCUUAAUUUAAGAUUUUUUUCAAAACUGUCUGGUGGCUGAUGUGGCUGCGUAUUUUACCAAUUCAGCUUUUGAUGACCAAAACUACAAAAUCUAAGUUGUAAAAAAACACAAUUUUCUUCUAACAUAGAAAGCCAUCAAGUGGAUUAUGAAGUGCUAAUACUGUGAAAGAUACUAUGUUACAGAGGAAAAAAAAUGCCUAAUGAUGAAAUUAAUUAUUGUUAAUUAAUUUUAACACUUUUUCUCCCUCUCUGUUUUAAUCCUCUUGUCCAUUCUCCUUCUUGGAUUUCAAGGUGAUUUGUAUUUUACAGGGUACAUUUACACUUAAGCAAUAUUUAGUGGAGAUGGUGAGCUUUAUGGAAGUGUUCAAAGAUUUAUCAUGUAUCAUAAGACCCUAUAAUUAAUAAGACGGAAAGAGACGGAAUCUGAUGUGCAGUAUUGUAAUAAUGAGGUCUCAUACUCUAGUUGUGCAAUUAAAACGUUGAAUUCAUCUUUCUAAUUUUAAGAUGUUUAAAAGAAUUGUUUUUAUUCAUUAGAUAAAUAGAUGCAUAGACAAGCCAUGUCAAGAUUCAGUUGCUUUAAUUCUAGUCUAACUGGUAUUAACACAGAUAUCAUCUUCUUCAGCUGUGUAGAAAUCCAUCAGACAGAUUCAGACACAAAGGGCUGUGAAUCUAGCCAUCAGAAGUAAUCUGAGUAAUCUGCUGCUUCAAUUCUGACCACCCUAGAUUAAUCAGUCUCCUGCGAGUCAUCCCAAAUUUUAUGAAACUGCAAUACUAAAUUGCUUGAGUACACCCUCAACUAAAGAAAACUACCAAAACCAAAACAAGAAGCGUUUAAAAAGCACACCAAACUUCCUAUGAAGUUUGGACUCCAGACGUGUUGUCCUAGUGAACACACCUGUUCCAGCAGCAGAUGGAAUUUGGUUGCAGAUGUUAUCAAUCAAGGAAUCUGCUGUUUGUUACUGCUGCCCUUUUAUUGACCAGAACUCUAAAGUGCUAUAAGGAGACUUUCCAAAUCCAUAUUUCAUAUUCAACAGCUGAACCACACCUGGUUUAACAGUGACAAAGGAAACAACGUUGGGGCCAAGAUUAUUUUUCGUAGAACCACUUCAUGUUGUCAUAAUGCCAUUUAUACUUCUAUUACUACUUAUGCCAACAUUUAUUGUGACAACCUCUUAUACAACUGCCAUUUAUUUCUCCAGAACAACACUGGAAAUCAAAAGUACGGUUCACAGACUAUUCUAUGAUGAUGAUGAUGAUGAUGAUGUGUUUUUGAUGAAAGUAUUCAGUAUUUAUUUUCUUCUUUUGUAAAGAUUAGUUGUGUAUGUGUGUGUAUGGGGAGGGGAUGUAAUUUUGUACAGGAUCUAAUUACCUCUGUGUUUAAAUGAUGAUGCCAGUGAGCCAUAAUUAAUGUGAAAUAUCCUUCUUAUCAAGAGGAAAGGGCCAUACAGAUGCUGAAAGAGUUUUUUUGUUUUUGUUUCACCGUUUACUGAAUCAUUUCUUUAGUAGCAAGCUUACUGUCUGCGUGUUUGGGAGGAACAGUAGAACAGUAACAACAUGACACGAAUGGGAACCGGGGAAAACAGGAAGACAUGCACACUGGGAAUCCACUUGGGAUGACUCACAUUAGGAUAGAGUUAGAUGGAGAAUGUCCACACUUUGAAGCUGUGGUGUCAAAAAUUACAAAUGUGAAACGCGAAAACAAAAAGGUAGAAUCUAUGGAAGAUCAGGAAUGCCAAUAUUGAAACUAAAAAUGUACCAAAUUAAAUGAUGAAUUUGUUUGCAUGUUGUAUGUGACUAAAUUAAAUAGAAAAUAAAGAACUAAAAAUUCACCUAAAAAUUAAAAAAAUAUAUAUCAUUGUACUCCAAAGGUAACACACAUUUUAGGAAAAUGAAAUAAAAUUUCAAAUGAAGUUUAUAUUUUAAAUUGGCAAAAAAAAAACUUUGCCACCAAAACCUGAAAAUAAAAUUGGAAACUAGUUUGCUUUAGGGUGCUUUCACACCUAUAGUUUGGUGCGUUUCUGGGGUGAAGUUGCAGCAAUGAGUAUGUUUACAUGCAAACCAAUAUUCCAUAUUUUUCAGUAUAUGACAAUAUUCAGAAUUUGAUACAAGUCAUGAAAACAGCCGCUUGGGUAUUCCAAAUAAGGCCUUUUUCCGAAUAUAGCAUUUUCCGAUUAAGACGUGGGAUAUUGUUGUAUUAUUCGGCAGUGAUGGCCAAAUGAAGCUUCAUGAACCAUUUUUCAUUUUUUCUGAGCUCACUAGAGGGGGCUCUCUCUUCAACAAAGGGUUGAAAACACACUGAAUUGCAAUUCCUUUAACCUUUUACUUUGAACAGAGAGCGCCAUCUAGUGGGCUCAGAAAAAAAGAGAAAAUGGUUUACAAAGCUUCAUUUGGCCAUCGUGAUUAUUCGGGUUUUAGAGGCAUUGUUUGGACAGCUUAUGAAUUCAGCUUCUCAAUCGGGGCUGUAUUAUGUGCAUGUAAACGUAGUCAUUGUUGCAUUUUUCAUCUGGGUCGGUUGGCGUUCACACUGCACUUUGUCAAGAGCUCAGAAACGAUGUAAACAAAAAAAUCAUACAGUCUAAGUUAAAAAUUCAAAUUGGCACUCUCCGACUUUCAUGGAAACCAACCUUGGAUCUAAUGCUGCUAAAAACCCAAGGAACUCCAACCAAUGGUGUGCUUGAGCUGGCUCCUCAGGAAAAGAUGAGAAAUGUAGUCUUUAAAAUCAGGGUCUCCCAGACAUGGUGGUCUGUUACUCAAACUGUGUGUGUGUGUGUGUGUGUGUGUGUGGUGUUGUGUGUGUGUGUGUGUGUGUGUGUGUGUGUGUGUGUGUGUGUGUGCGUGUGUGUGUGCGUGUGCGUGUGAGAGUUUAUGUGUUAUAAAGUUUGUAUGCAUUUCAUAUGUAUAUAUUACCAUUAUGGAGAUGACUUUGUGUGUGUGUGUGUGUGUGGUGUGAGGUCUCUAUAAAGUGCUUCCUGAGUCUCCUGUUUUCUAUGUCGGGCCUUUCCUCAGUACGGUCUAGUAGCCUCAUAGACUCAUUCUGUACAAUAACUCUCCACUCGUACCUGCGACAGAUCUCUUGUGUUUGUACAGAAAAUGGUCGAGGGUGUUCCAUGAUGCAUGCAGACACAAUAUUAGAACAUAUGAAUCUAGCUAUCUAAGUUGAAAACAUGUAUUUGGUUUAUUUAUGCUCUUAUUUAUUGAUUUCUUUUUUAAAACUCAGAUUCUGUUGAAGUGGUCUGUCAAACUCUUCUGAACUUGCGUUGUAUUGUAAAGAGAUGAUUAUAUGUCCAUAACUACUGAUGAACCCAUAAUAAAAAUUAACUAUCAACUCUU